AUGUCUUUAGUCGAUUAUAUGGAUUCAGAUAAUUCAGCAAAUGAUUCGAAUGAUGACAAUGAUUCUAUCGAAGUUGUGUCCACUUAUGAUGAUAAAGAAAAUGAUCUGAUUGACAUGACACAAAAUUUGAUGUUUACAUCUGAUGAUGAAUCAGAUACUCAUGGUGAUUUAGAUUUUGAUAGUAAAUCAGUUACUGAUCACAAAGAUAAUCAUGCAUUUCUACAUGGUGGUGUACGUAAUAUUCGUUCAACAUUUCAUAUUACUGGUAAUCAAGAGACAUU